AGGAGGAACACAGCACAGCAACAUGAAACUUAAGGAAUAUUUUGCAAGGAUUUCUUACAAGGGUCUUACAAGACCCCUGGAUCUGAAAACCUCGACAGCAAUCCUCCAGCGCCACAUCCGGUCGGUACCAUUUGAAAAUCUCACCAUCCACUGUGGGGAAACCAUUGAGUUUGGCUUGGAGGCCGUCUACAAGAAGAUCGUGAAGAACCACCGGGGUGGAUGGUGUCUUGAGAACAACCUCCUUUUAUCAUGGGUCUUUCAGACAAUGGGGUAUGCUGUCACUCUCUUGGGAGCUCACGUUUAUGUCCCUCACGAAAACAGAUACGACGAUGCCAUGAAUCACCUCCUGCUUAAAGUGGUCAUCGAUGGUAAAGCCUACAUUAUAGAUGGAGGCUUUGGGAUAGCUUUCCAGAUGUGGCAACCUCUGGAGCUGGUUUCUGGGAAAGACCAACCUCAGAAGCCUGGGGUCUUUCGUGUCACCGAAGACAAUGGAGUGUGGUACUUUGACAAAAUAAAGCGCAAAGUAUACAGUUCCGAUUCUGAAAAUAAAUCCCUCUACUUUGAUGGCCCAGAAGACUUGGCCUGCAAGAAAAUCUUCUCUUUUACUCUGAAGCCGCGGAGCAUCGAGGAAUUCCGAGAGCAGAAUACAAUUCUCCAAACCGCCCCCGAGUCUUUGUUUGUCAAGAAGUCUAUCUGUAGUCUCCAGACCACCAACGGCUUUCUGGUUUUGAUUGGCUGGACACUCACCGAAACCAAAUACGAUUACAAGGACAACAUGGAUCUGGUUGAGCGAAGCACCCUGACCGACGAAGAAGUGGAGAAAACACUGAAAGAGCGGUUCAACAUAAGAUUAAAGAAGAAGCUUGUCCCUGUUAAUGAGAGCUUAGUCCCCACGUCUUAGUUACAAUUACUACCAGAGUAAAUUUGGAAAAUCCUGCCUGGGCCAACUGUCCC